UCUCUUACUAUGUUUAGGAUGUCUUGGACCAAACACAAAAGGAGUUCUCUUGUUUUAGUAGCGUAGAUGAACUGGAGAAGCUAUUGGAAGUCAAAGCUGAAAUCAACCAGGUAAAUCCUGUCGUGCACUAUGGGUUGCUUUCUCUGUGUUGGUGAAACUUACCUCUUUCUUCACAUUGUCUUGUGUCAGACAGGAAGCUCAACAUAACAUAUCAGGAUUAUUCGCAAAGUGGGAAUUUUAGGCCAAAUGAAUGCACAUUUUGUAAUAUUUUAUAUUUGUAAUUACUAUAAGCAAAGUGGGUUGUAAAAUCACUGUGAAAACACUGACAGGAUUAUUUACUAAGGUGUUAAUUGUUUAACAUUUUCGGUUUACUGGUGGGUGUGUUGUUACACAACUACCUGAGCCAUGUCUUUUGGCCACUCCUAAUUUAAUGCAUUGAAAAAUAAGAGAAUUUGUUGGCUCCAGUCUGAAAUGUCACAUUUAGUGGGGGGGAAAUUAGGCUCACCUAAAAAUCUGUAGUGUAGGUAUUACUAAUUCUGCUUAUUUUGACAUUCUUUGCAGAAGAGUCUGGAACUGGAACUGUUGCAGCUAGAGCAAGAGACUGCUGAUAUUGCCCACCCUUUUUUCCUAAGUAAGUGGAAUAUCUUUGAUUACCAAUGUGUUAGUUUGCUUUAGGGCACAGUUAAAAAAACAAAACCCAUUUGCAUUUUUUUCUGAGCAGAAAAUUAACUGCACUCUCUGGUUUCAAAAGGAGCAAUUUAUUAUUAUUUAUUUUUAACUUUUUCUUGUAUGUUUUGUGUGUCUGUCGGAAAAAUGUACUUUAUUUUAUGUAAUACAUUUAUACAACAGGCCAGAAAUGUCAAGCCUUACAAGUAAUGAACAGUCACUUGGAGGCUGUGCUGAAGGAGAAACGUGCCAUGAGGCAGAGAUUGGCUAAACCGCUGUGCCAGGAAAACUUGCCCAUUGAAGCAUCAUAUCACAGGUGACAGCAUGAUUUAACUGGGUGGACUGUUAGGAGAUUUUAUUUUUUUUAUAGCCCUCUUUGUAUCCCUUUCUUGUAAUUGUCCUAUUUAUAGCUAAAUCCUCCCUCUCAUAAUAUUGUAAAGCGCUACGGUACCUGUUGGUGCUAUAUAAAUGGCAAUAAUAAUAUCCUAUUCUAACAGCAAAAUAGGAAGUGAAUUCUCAGUAGCUUGUUCUGCUUUUCUUUAGAUAUGCAUCUGAACUUUUAUCCCUCGCUGUGAAUUUCAUUGACAAGCUAGAAGUGUAUCUCAAAACCAUCCAGACAAUUCCUCAGCUUCAAGAGCAAACUAAUAACAUGGUAAGUUAUAGCAACAUUCUGUCCGUUUGCAGGUUUCUCGGGAAACUUAUAUGCCACAUCACCCUGUAACUAGAAACUAUUUUCCAGCCUCCAGGUUGGGGACUUCAUACGUCUUACUAGUUGUAGUGGGAGAUUUGGUUUAUCUAUUGAUUUUUGUAUUUUGCUCAGGGCACUUUAUCUGCAUUUCCUAUUUAUUCUGUCUCCCAGGAAGGUAUUAUAUUACUGUAUCAUGUUUAUUAUGUUUCACUAGCUUUACUUGGUAUUUUAAGAAUUGUUUGCUCUUUCACAUGCAUCCUUGUACCUGGGACGACUGUAGUGUGCCUGGUUAAUUUGUAUUCUGCUGUGACAAGUCUAGAGCAGGAUGGUUCUACAUCAGCCCUACAGCUACUGUUGGAUUCGAAGUCUCAUCAGUAGCUUUAAGAAGUUGUACAUGCCUGUCUUACUGUAUUCUAAUUUAUUCUCAAUGUUUCAUGUGAUCUGUAAUUCAAGCUGUGGCAGCUUGUUAGCACUGGUACCACACCUGGAUACUUGGCAAUAAAAUGUGUGUGAAGGCCACUAUAAUAUUGCAGACAGCUGGCUAACUUACCAUGAUUUGGUUUCAGGAUAAUGCUCUGGUGAGAAUAGAGUCUCUGGAAGCUGAGGUCGAGGAGCUGGUUGAGCGGAUUCUAGCAUGGAGAGAGGAACAAUAUGGACUUCUUCAGGCCACAUAUAGGAACAGCCAUGGGGCAGGUUCCAGAAACACAAAUGGAACAACAUCCUAUCUCUCUAUGGAGAACUUCUAUCCUUAGCUUUCAGGUGCUGAUGCUUUUGCUAAACAAGGAUGAAAGCAAGUACGCGUGAGCAUACAGUCAUUUUGAUUCCAUUACCUGAUCUCACACUUUGUAUUUUACAGCCUGCACUACACUUUAAAUCUCUGAUUCUGUUCUGAAGACUAAUUAUUAGAGUCCCUGCUGCACCAGGUUGUCAUGGUUUACUUUAGUUUGUUGUAUGACUUUUGUGAGCACAACUUUCAUUGGAGCAGUCAACUAAACAUAAAUGCACUAAAAGGGAAUCGUGUAAAAUAAUUUUACAGCUGUAGCAGUUGAGUGGCACUUAAAGGACCACGAUAGUGCCAGGAAAACAUACUCGUUUUCCUGGUACUAUAGUGCACUGAGGGUGCCCCCACCCUCAGGGUCCCCCUCCCGCCAGGCUGGAUGGAGAAGCAGGGGUUAAACUUACCUCUUUCUCCAGCGCCAGGCGGGGAGCUCUCCUCCCUCUUCUCCUCCUCUUCGGCUGAAUGCGCAUGCGCAGCAGGAGCUGCGCGCGCAUUCAGCCAGUCCAUAGGAAAGCAUUCACAAUGCUUUCCUAUGGAGGCUGGCGUCUUCUCAAUGAGAUUUUGGCUGUCAAUGAGACAGCCACUAAAGGCUGGAUUAACCCUAACAUAAACAUAGCAGUUUCUCUGAAACUGCUAUGUUUAUAGAAAAAAGGGGUUAACCCUAGAUGGACCAGGCACCUAGACCACCUCAUUAAGCUGAAGUGGUCUGGGUGCCUAUAGUGGUCCUUUUAAGCAUAAUUUGAUGAGUGGGGAACAAUUGGUGCAAUCUAAAUUAAAAAUCUAAAUGGAUACUGUAGGCCCUGUAAAUGCUUUGUUUUAUUGAAGUGAUUAUAGCGUCUGGAAUCUGCUGGUACUUGGCUUUUUAAAAAAUGGUUUUUGGUAUUAAACCAUCUUUAAUAGUGGCCAGAGACCCUUAUUCUCUGAGACGAUUUAACGCUGAACAGAGUGACAGUGCCAGGGGACUCUAGUCACUAUGAAAUGGUUAGAGUGACUGCAGUUUCCUUUUAUUUCCUUAUUUGGCUAAUCCGAUUAUUUUUAUUUUUUUUAUUUAUUUUUUUGUGGAAACUAUUUUGCAUGUUUUGUUAAGUGGUUUAAUAAUUUCUAAUAUGAUGAAGUUCUUUGUUCGUGACUAUUGUACCACUGUAGGACUUGACUUCAUAUUGUCAUUUGUUGAAAAUUCUACAUAGUACCCAUCGCUGCUCGGAUCUCUAUUCCCUUUGACUCAAACAACUAAAGCUGCAAUUACUAAUUGGAUUCCUUGAGCAUUGAUACUAAAUGUGUCCUUUCAGGUUUUUUUUCAGUACUGUAUUCCUUUUGUGGGCAUUUUCCAUCCAUCUCUAAUGCUCUCUGUACAUUGUGUUAUUGAUUUUUACUUAACAGUACAGCAAAUAGGCAUACAUCCAUUUUUCUCCAGGUAAAGAAUUCUUAGCUUCAAGGAAUCUUUCAAUUUCCAUGCAAUCUUGCACUGUUCUUUCUCUGUAUAUGAGUUUAUAGUAAAGGCUAUUGUGACUUUUUGUUUCCACAAAAAUACUUUUUAUUUUUAACACGAUAAGUGCAAAAUAAUUUAAAACAGUGUUGAUAACAAAAAGGAAAUGGAAGGAAGUGGAACAAAAGUGGCCAUUUUGGAGAAUUGGUAAGACAAUCUAGGACACGAUGCUGGAUUAACUGUGCGUCAGCCAUUGUGACAUGCUUUAUCUUACCUUUUUAGAAACUCUACAGUCGGCAAACGGUAUUAAAAUGCCAUAGCAAUAUAACAUAAGACUAGUGACUAGGCAAGUGGCAAACCUCUCUUUAAAUCUGGAGGAAUAUCCAACAAUCAGGAGCCUCUUGUUCUGUUGUAUGGGAUUUUUCUCUUCCCUUAAAGUAGGUUUAACUCCUUCAUUACAGAUGACAUGUCCGGACAAUGAUAUAAGGAUUUUUGACAGUGAAUGUAUCUGUUAAAUGCAGAAAAUGACUUUUGACAACCUCAACUUUUUGUUACAUUAAAAAAACAAGACAACCUUAAUUAAACACUCUCCUUUUUCCUUUUGAAGAAAUGUGCAUGUGUCAUUCAAGUUAGAAAACCCAUUAAUGCAACAAGGUUUGGCUCGUUAGUACAAAACAUCCUUUGAUAAAAUCCCAGAAGGUGCUUUGUCAACGUUACUCUAUAAAACCUUUUGGGUCCAUCUGGGUCUUGUCUAUUAGCAGUCCAGUCUUCUGUGGUCCUUCUUCCAGAGACUCGUCCAGUUUCAAAACCUUUGGAAUCAACACUUCCUCUUGGCAAAGCCUUGACAUCUGUGAUACACACAACCAGAUCAGUUUGGUUUAAUAAUGUUUUUACAGAAUUCUAGCAAUUUUUUUUUUUUUUUUUUUUUUUUUUUCUAAGCAUUGUACAACUGUAGCCAAAAUCAAUUGCUUACAACAUUUGACUUUCUGUCUACCUUUAGUGUUCCCAAGACAACCCAUACAUACCUCCUGUUGGAUCAAUGACCUCAUUUGCUGAUUUCCUUCAUUCUUUAUGUUGAAGGCAGUCAGCGUUUGGUUCACCUCUCUAAAUAGACAAAGAAUAUGUAAUUCCACCUUAAAACUGCAGGAGUAAUGCAUAAUCUGGUCACAUUUGCAAAUAUUUAAGAAUAAAAUGUGUAAAGUAUACAUAUAAAUUCUUAUUCAUGCAUGGUUAAGUCACCCAUUAUUUUAAGGCAUUAUGUGGACAAACUCACCUUUUCACAAAUUCGUUAGAUUCCAGGACCAGCUGAUCCUGUAGUGCACUCUGAACAUCCGUAUCACACAGGCGUAGAGUGGCGAUACAGUGACAGGCUUCUAUACGCACUGCUGGCACAUCACUUCUUAUGGAUCUCAGCAGAAUCUCUUUUACACGAGUGGUCACCUGUCCGAUAUUGCCCAAAGCUGGAAAAAGGUGUAAUAAUUUAUUGAUCUUUUGUACAUGUCAUUUUAAUAAACUCAAGGAGAUCUUUAUUUGUGUCUUGGUUGUAUUUUACCCUGACAUCACUUUCUGCAUCUGAAACAGACAUUGGCAUUGGCCUCUUUCAAAGAACUAGUCAUGACUCCCCUCUGCAGCCUUGUGUUUUGUCGUCCCGUUUGUAAUUGUUCCUGUCCCAGUGCUGUGAGUGAAAGAGCUGCCUAUUGUAGUGCUUUCAUUACAAAAAACAAAACCAAACCCUGUGAAUGAAUACUCUAUCAUAUUAAGUAGACCGUGUUAAUUGCAGAUGGAAUAAAUUGCUUCUGUAACUAGAAGGAAGUACUUCUGCAUAAAUAUUUAGCAUGGAGAAACUGCUAAAUGGCCUUUUUACAUAUAGCAAACACUCAUGACCUGACGAUAAACUACAGGCAAUGAACAGAUUUUUUUACAAAUCUACUAAUUAACCUGUAGUGUCCAGGCUUUAAGCUUUUAAAAAGGCAUUCAAGAAAGUUGACUGUUUGACAAUCUCAUCCUUCUUUUUCACACCUUAUGCGGGCCAGUUGUCCCAGCCUUCUUAGAAACCAGUACUUACAAUGAAUGUGUGCCUCUCUGCAUCUUGUCUUUAGCUCUACAACACAGGACUCCAAGCCCUAACCACAGACUAGCAAUUAGCCUCCCUGAGAGUGCAUAGCAGCACAAGGGUGGAAGCUGUAGUUUUUAAACAUCUGGGGAUCUACAUUUUGGACACCUUUAGUCUAGACCAUGGGUCGUCAACCUGGUCUCUACCGCCCACUAGUGGGUGUUUCAGGAUUCCAGGUGGGCGGGAGGGAUUUUAUAAUGUUGAGAGAUUGGGGUGGGGGGGCGGGUGCGAGCCGGCAGUUCCCCCUGAGACCGGGUACCGCCAUCACUACUUGCGGCCCCGGCCCGCACGGCAAACCGCCGGGGCCGCAUAUGGAGCGUGACCGGGCCCCCUGUGAUUACCUCACGCUGGGAGGAAGUGACUGCACGUCACUCCUCCCAGCUAACACAGAUCGGGCGGAAAGAGGGAGUCAGAGUGGGAACUCUGACUCCCAUCCACCUGAGACACCACUGGACCCCAGGGAAAGUCACCCUCCUGCACCUAAAAGGUAGGAAACAGGAGGGUGACUAAAAUAUUUUGUGUGUUUGUUUGUGUAUGUGUCUUUUUAUGUAUGUCUUGUGUGUCUUAUGUAAGUGUCUUUGUAUGUGUCUUUGUAUGUCUUUGUAUGUGUCUGUCUGUAUGUGUGUCUUGUCUUUGUGUGUGUCUUUGUGUGUCUGUAUGUUUGUGUGCCUGUCUGUCUGUAUGUGUGCCUGUCUGUUAUAGUGGGCUAUAGUAAGUGGGAUACCUCGCUCAGCCUUCCUACUGGGCAUUGCUAUAAGGAAGGUUUUAAAAAAAAAAAAAAAAAAAAGUGCUAUUAAAAGAACACCAGGUUUCUACAUGUCCUGGUUUAUUAUAGAUUAUUUGUUUGAGGGUUAAUCUGAAAUAUACCAAUUGAAACCUGAAACUGUUAUCAUGGGAAAAUGAGGCUUAUCACUGACCUUUGAUAGCAAAUAUUUGUAUUUUCCAGCUUGCAUCAUUCAGGAUUAGGUUAUAGAGGGAGUUUAAAACCUAGAACAAGAUAAGAGCAGAUUUGUUUAGCAUUGAGAUGGGAAACUAGUAGAUCUGAAGCAGUUUAAAUAGAGCUUCAAGCUUUCAAGACCAGUGUUUCUUUUACAGAGAAAUAACCCUGCAGGUCUAAAACACAUUCCUAAAUACUCCUGCCUCGAAAGUAACUUCUAUUGAUUUACAUUCCAAAUGAAACAACAUAUAGACACUGAUCCUUAAAUUAAUCCCAUAUUGGAGAACAAUCCUGAUUAAAGGGCGUAAAGCAUAUUUAAACAUAAAUCUGGCAUAUUGAGAAUACUGUGUAUGUAAAGAGGAGUGUGUGAACUGUUAAAGGAAUACUAUAGGGUCAGGAAUACAAACAUGACCCUGUAGUGUUAAAAAAAAAACAUGCUAGCUGGCCAGCCGGCCCACUCUUGUCCACCUUAAAUAAGCAUAAAACAUACCUUUUAUUCCAGUGCUGCGUAAGUCUGCCGGCACUGGCUUCGCUCCCUUUCGAUUGAGAUUAACAGAAUUCCUAUGGUAAAGCAUUGGAUUGGCUGAGAUCAUCAGAAUUGAAAAGAGGUGGGGCGGGAGCCGAGACAAACACGGCGCAGGACAACCAGCAUCUCCUAGUAGAGUUGCAUUUAAUCAGUGCAUAUCUGUGGGGAAAGUUCAACGUCUUCAUGCAGAGCAUGGAGAUGCUGCACGUUGUGUAGUGCUGACCAAGAAUGCACCUCUAUUGGCCGUCUGAGUGACUGCCACUGGAGGUGUCCCUAGGGAGCAAUGUAAACACUGCCUUUACUCUGAAAAAGCAAUGUUUAUAUUAAAAAGACUGAAGGGGUUGACUAUAAUUACCAGAACUACAUUAAAGGAACACUAUAGGGUCAUGGACAUAAAACUUUAUUCCUGACUCUAUUGUUAAAACCACCAUCACCCCUCUGGGCCCCUCAUGCCUCCCUAAAUAGAGCAAAAUCUUACUUGAAUUGAAGCCUGAAGCUGUAGCUCUGCAUGCUGUUUGCCUCAGAAUAGCAAGCUGUCUGCUGAACUCAUUAGAAGUGGUUGCCUGAUUCAAUCUGCUUUGCCAUAUGAUUGGCUGAGACUGACAAGGAGGCAGAUCAGGGGCAGGGCCAGCAUAAUUCAAACACAGCCAUGGCCAAUCAGCUCAUAUAGAUGAAUUGAAUCAAUGAAUUUCUAUGAGGGAAGUUCAGUGUCUGCAUGCAGAGGGAGGAGACACUGAAUGUUUGGAUGCAUUUUAGGCAGCCAUGACCCAGGAAGGAUCUCUAACAGCCAUCUGAGGAGUGGUCAAUGAAGUUAUCACUAGGAUGUAAUGUAAACACUGCAUUUUCUCUGAAAAAGACAGUGCUUACUGCAAAAAGCCUGAAGGUAAUGAUUCUACUCACCAGAACAAAUUCAACAAGCUGUAGUUGUUCUGGUGACUAUAGUGUCCCUUUAAGCUGUAGUUCCUGUGAUUAUAGUGUCGUUUUAAUAUUAAGUUUAAAAGUCACAAAAUGAAAAUACAAUACACAUGUAAUAGUGACACACAGAGAACACUGGCAUGCACAAACACAUUUGCGUAAAAGACAGUAACCCACAGAGUUACACACGAGAGCCCUGACACACACAUUUACACACAGGACACUGACAUACAUACACUACACAAAGAGGACACAAAAUAAAUUAUUUUUAUUUAUAUAUAUAUAUAUAUAUAUACACAUACACAUACACACACACACACACACACACACACACACACACACACACACACACUGACAUUCAGACUUUAACUGAUUUGACACACAUACACCGAUGCUCACAUUCAAUAACAGACACACACAUUUACACACAGAGGAAACUUACAACCUUUCCCUGAUCAGACACGCUCACUGAUUUGACACUCACCGACAGACACACACACACAUUCGCCCACAGACACAAAUUAUUUUUAGUUAGGUUCUCACAGCCUCCCCACCUUUGGGAGAGCUGGAGUAAAUCCUUUUCCCUGGGGUCCAGUAUGGGGCUUGCAUAAUCUUUUUGCUCUUCCAGCACUGAUCCCUCAUGUGCGGUUUAGUGAUGCUUGGACUGGAGAGACCUCAUAAUGGCAUCACCUUGCAAGGGAGCAGUGCUGGAAGAUCAUGAAAAUUACAGCUCCCUCAGCCUCCAUUCCCCUCUGGACACCACUGUGCUUGGUGAGUAGGCAUCUGCUUAUCAAGCCGGCUGCCUCCUGGGGGGUUUUAGGUGGCAUGCUCUUGACGUACCCCCUGCCUUUAAUGCGCGUACACUGGUUGAGAAACCAGGCUCUAGAGCACUUCAGUGCUGUAUGAAUACUUUGCGGUUAAACUGCAUGUUAUCUGUUGCUUAUUUUAUAAAAGUGAUGAUUUAAAAAUAAAUCAUUACUUUUUAUAAAUUCCUUUAGUAACACUUCCUGGACAGCAGGGAUAGUUUUCUGUCUCUCUUGAUUUGAACUGUAGUUCAAAGUGGAUAUGAAUGGUUUUCAUUGGUCCAAGUGCAGUGUGGGCAAAUACUUAUAAUGACUUCGUUAUUGGCAGCUGGGACUAAAGUGAGCAGUCUGUUCUGACUCUAGAAUAAAGAUGAGUUUAAAAGCUUUUAAAUAGCUUUUUAUUAGCUUUUAUUGAUGACAUGGUGCGGAGCAGUAAUCUAGACAUUUGAAUUAAAGAACAUAUAUCUCUAUUAAAAGCUGAUCUGAUUAAUGUAGCAUAGAGAUUGACGACAACAUCCGCCCUGUUUAAUCUAGAAUUUCCGUGAUCCUUUUUCUCAACAGAAAUGCCACGCUUCUAACCAAGACACAAUCUGGUUUUACGAUCAGCUGGGAAAAUGGCAUUGGUGUUACAGUUCAACCUACAGAUAGUCGAUUUUAGCCCACCUAUGAUGUAGCAAAUAGAAUGUAAAUACAUUUUCACUUUUGAUGAAAUUGUACAGAUGUUUAACACUUUCUGUUCAGCCUUUAUAAAUGAAAACCAUGUAUAGAUAUGAGACCCCUUUUUGGAAUAUAAUUUAUAUUAAGAGCUUGCUUACACCCACCAUCUCAUCCUUAAUUUGAAGCAAACCAGCUGUAAGACAUGCUUGCUGGCGAACAUUCACAUAGUCAUCAGCAAAGCACUGGAGGAAUCCAGGGAGUAACUGGGCUGUCAUGUACCGGAGCCAUCCAAUCAGAGAAAGAGCUUCCACUUUCGCUCUCCAGUUUCCGCCUUCUAAAUAUCUCCUACAAAUAUUAAGAAUAACUUUAUACGGAGCAAGUCAAGUAAACACAAUCGGCAAUGCACAGACAGAAUUAUCAGAUGUUUUUCUAAACUUCGUUAGAUUGGGUUUCACUGUCACUUUAGUGGAUAGACCCACCUGACAGUGUUUGUUUGUUUUUGUUUUUUUGUUGUUUUUUUGCAAUUCCCAUUAUCCUUAGACUGAUCCCUGUCAUCUUGGGAUCUUGCUGUCUUAAACCAUAGAGAGUAAUUACCUCCACAAAUGUUACAUGUGCUGCAAAUUUGUUCUGAAUUACUCCUGAUUGAGAACCUUGUAUAUGAAAAGAAAUUGACUUUUGACCUACCUUAUUUGAUCAUGGACCAUGUUCCCUUGGCCCAUCUGCCCCAAGGCUUUGGCAGCUGCCCAUCGAACUGGCACAUUCCAAUCCCUCCACAUCAGAUAGUUUAAUUUAUUCCUCAAAUCCUGCAAAAAAAGAAAGGCUUUUCUAGUUAGGUCAUGUUAUAUAAAAUUUCAAUUUUAGUAAUCUGGGACGAUUUGCAGAAUUUAGAUCAAUAUGCUGUUGUUUUUUUUUUUGUUUUUUUUUGCACAGCUAUGUUUAUCACAAAAAUUAAAAUUUCCUUGUCCUUUCUCCACAAUUCCUGCACUGGUGAAAUUCCCCUACUGGUGUUUCACAUUACUUUAGACCAAAAAAUUUUUUAGAAUAUAUUAAAAAUGCGAUUUUGUGCGGACAAGUUUUGUUGACCUAUUUUUAAAAACAGAUUUGUUUUAGUUUUAUUCUUUUAAAUUUGAACAUCAGAUCAAUAUUCUCAAGUCAAAUGUAUAAGCAGAUACUCACCUGGCUGGCACUUCCAUGGAGCUGAGCAAUCGUACUACAAGCCACAAUACGAUCUCUCCAAUUGCAGUUGUUUAAUUCAUCCCCCAGCAUAUGAUGAAUUAUAUUCUGAGGGAGAAAAAGGCAGCAGAACAGGCAGGGAUAUUGCUGAUCUAAAAUGUCACGCUAGCAUCUGUAUUGUGCACAGGACUAGCUACGCUAUCGUGCUAAUAACCAUCACCACUGAUAGGAGUUACAAAUCAACAGCGACACAUAGCAAACACUAUUCAUACACUGCAGCUAUGUUAAUACCAUCUUGUAGUUAAUACUGACAGUGUUCAUUGGCCUCAUGUUAUGUUAUUGUCAUUAUCUACCUGUUUGUUAUCCUAUACCUCUUGACAUUUCGUAUAUUCUAGAGUCUAGAAUUCAGAAAAUGCAUGCACUAGAACAGAGUUGACAAACUCCACUCCCUGAUCUUCUUGGACUAAACUUUCCAAGAUUCUCUCCCAUCUAUAUAAUUCAAAGAAUUCUGGGUGUCGUAGUCCAUCACUAUCUGGGUGGCUGGAGUCUAACCCUUACCUAGAACUUAGAUUCCAUUUACCCAGAUGUAAUAUCUUUGCAUGACAGUAACUCACUGUGUUCUUGCUGAGUUGACGCAGUAGAUAACAAGCCUGCUUUGUGGUGUCUCUUCCCCCCCCUUCAAACAGUUGAGUGAGGAUUCUCUUUACCACCAAAUAGCUGUAGUCUCUUUCCAGAGCCAAACACUGAGCAGCGGCCCAGGUGUCUGCAUCGUUACCUGGAACAAAUAGAAAUGUUAUGUAGAUCCAGCUACUUAUUGUGCCACGUUUGACAAUGAUUACACAGGGCUGACCAGACGCUGUAUAGACCUCAUGAAAAUUGUAGUUCAUUCCACGUCAAGGGGUGAUCUAGGGAGCAAAAUUCAGUUGCACAUUGAGUCCCUGAAUAAUAUGAUUUCUGCCCAGCCUGUGAUAAACAUGAGAAUUUCCUCAAUAUGUAUUCAUUUCAUGCAAAGUCUAACAAUAUAAAAAAUCUUUUCUAGACUCUAGCUGGCAAAGCAUCAUGGAACCUGUAGUUCUACAACCGCUUCAAAUCUAUUGCUUGACACCUUGUCUACACAUUCCAGAUGAGGACUGCUAUGAUAGAAAAUGAAGCACAGAUUGCACCCACUCACACAAUGAGAAGUAAGGCUAUGCACCACUCAGCAUCCCAGGAUACCACAGACCAAACAACAUGGACCUGGAACCUGCUGACACAUACUUCAAAUAUUAUAACAAAGCACUCCAGAAUUCGUGUGAAUAGUGCUAGCAGCUCAUCUUCAAAAAUCACAAAAAAAUAGGAAGUUAAGGACUGAUACAGUCUAAUGCACCUUGUGUGCACAAGAUUAUGUUCCUAUAGGCAUGAAAAGCCUUCCUCUAUAACCGUACUUAUGUUUUUGAUUUUUCUGCUUUUGAAAAUGUUAAUUUUUUUUAAUUUAAGUUUUGAAUAAAUAGAUAUAUUUGUAUUUACUUAUACAAG